GAAGUAGUGUGAAAACAAAGCCCAUCGUUGACAGGAAAAGCAAACUGUCUGCGCUGAUUUGAAGCACUAAAACUUCAUCUCUUUCUUCAAGCACAUUUUGCAUAUUUUACCAAGGACUCAGGCCUGCAACCGUGCGUACAAACAAACCCAUUUGAGUGUUUACAAGCGAGUUAUGGCGGACGUUGAAUCGUCAAGACAAGGGGAGGCCGAUGUCGAAGACGGCCGUGAGGUUAAAAAACCUCGAAAGAAGCGAAUGCCGCUGUUUGGGAAGAAAAAAUUCGACGAGAAGAUCACCAAGAAGUACGAAUUUCGAGAUGUUCUGGGGACGGGCGCAUUCUCCGAAGUUGUCAUGGCCGAAGAAAAAUCAUCCAGGAAAUUAUUCGCUGUAAAAUGCAUCAAUAAGAGAAACCUUUCGGGCAAGGAGGAAGCGGUUGAGAACGAAAUCGCUAUAUUAAAGAAAGUGAAUCAUCCAAACAUAAUUAGACUGUGGGAAAUAUUCGACAACAAGACCCAUCUCUAUUUAGUCAUGGACUUGGUUCAAGGAGGAGAACUAUUUGAUAGGAUAGUGGAGAAAGGGAGCUAUACAGAAAAGGAUGCCAGUGACCUCAUAAAACAAAUACUAGGAGCUGUUGAUUAUUUACAUGGGCAAGGAAUUGUGCACAGAGAUUUAAAGCCUGAAAAUCUUCUUUAUGACAGUCCUGAUGAAGACUCUAAAAUAAUGAUCAGUGAUUUUGGCUUGUCUAAGACAGAGGAAGAUGACAGUAUGAUGGCAACCGCUUGUGGGACACCUGGAUAUGUUGGUAGGUUCAUGGAAUCAAAACCGUUAUGGUUUCCGAGAAACGUGAUCUGGACAACCAUUUACCACCCCUUUACAUCUUACUACGCUUAUUGCGAGAAAACGGUUUUUUUUUUAGUAGUUUGACAUUGAUUUUCUUUCUAUUUCUUGUCAGCAAAGAAUUUCAUAAAGUGUUUAUUACAAAUUGAACCUAAACGGCGCUACACCUGCAAGCAGGCUCUCGCUCAUCCAUGGAUUUCCGGUGGUAUGGCCCUCCAGCGCGAUAUUCACGCGUCAGUUAGUGAACAAAUAAAGAAGAACUUUUACAAGGCAAAGUGGAAGCAAGCGUUUAACGCGACGGCAGCCAUCAAUCGAAUGAAAAACCUUCAACUCGGAUCUGGAUCUGGAUCUGCAAAACCUGAUGAAUCAAACAACAACGCCAAGGAUGUCUAAACCAGCUUGGUCCGAACCCACCCUAGUUCCCAGGGUCUCUGUUUUAUCGCUCCAGAGGAUGACGGGAAGAGAGAGCCUGGUAACGAGACUUUCCUGGAUUCCAGGAGAUCAGGGGUUUACGACCGUGUAGAUAUAUUAUAACUCCUAAUUUUUUAAAGAAAAAUAUGGAGCUCUGCUCUUUUUGUCUAGCGAUUUGUUUUAGGCACCAAUUACUAGUGAUAAUUUUAAAGAGAACGAAAACUAUGUAUGAGGAUUAAGAGGUAUUUUCGCCGUAAGCUGAGCAUAAAGUUCCCGAUUUUGGAAUUUUUAUGUUUGCUUGAAUAGCAAUAGCUAGUAAAGUGUCCUCGCGUACAGGUGACGCGCAGCUUUAAGGUGUAUAUGACAUAAUUUUUUUUAUUUACUUGAUGGAAUCCAGACGAGAUCUGUUAUGGAAAUCGAAAACAAAAAUGGAUAUUGUGUUUUAUACGCCGCGUUUUAGCCAUCUGAAAAUAGGAAAUUUCACCUCCUGUUGGUCAGAAACCGCGUGAGGUGGAGGCCUGGGUCUAGUUAAGCCGUGACGUCAACGGAAGAACGUAGGUCGACAUAUCUUUCAAGCCAAACAUAAAAAAUUU